GUGUAACAUCAUAGUCUCUCACACACACACACACACACACACACACUCUUCUUCAGUAGUCUGUAGUGAUGUCUGUGCUGAAGUUCUCGCUCGCCUGCUUACUGGUGUUGGUGAACAAGUGCACGAGCUCACCGACUGAUACAUUCUGGGUGAACUCCAGCAGGAGCUCUGAUGUGGUCAAUGUGUCUCUGUAUUAUGAGUCUUUGUGUCCCGAUUGUCAGAAGUUUAUGGUGUUACAGUUCAUGCCGACCUUCAUCAUGCUGAGUGACAUCAUGCAUGUGGAUCUCGUCCCUUACGGCAAUGCACAGGAGAAGCAGGUCGGAGACAAGUACGAGUUCACCUGUCAGCACGGACCAGACGAGUGUCUGGGCAACAUGAUCGAGACAUGUGUGAUGAAUAAAGUGCCUGAUGCUGCAGUUCCUGUGAUUUACUGCAUGGAAGCUGCUGACAAUGUGGUGAAGGCGGCAGAAUCUUGUCUUGCCUUGUUCAGCCCACAAACAAAGUUCAGUGACAUCAUGGCAUGUGUGAACGGUAACGAGGGAAAUCAGUUAAUGCACCAGAACGCUAAGGAAACCGCAGCUUUAAAGCCACCGCAUGAAUAUGUGCCGUGGAUCACCAUCAACGGAGAGCACACUGACGAGCUGCAGCAGAAAGCAAUGAGCUCGCUCUUCGUACUCAUCUGCAAUCUGUACAAGGGUCAGGCUCCAUCAGCAUGUACACUUGGACAGAAGGCAACAAAGAUGAGUUACUGCUGAAGACGUUUGAAUCUGAUGGACUCUCUAGAGAGUAGCAUAUAAACUCACUCUAUCAUUGCUGAGCAUCUCUCUCUCUCUCUCUCUCUCUCUCUCUCUCUCUCUCUCUCUUUCUCUCUCUCUCUCUGUCUCUGUCUCUCUCUCUCUCUCUCUCUCUCUCUCUCUCUUUCUCUUGCUCUCUCUAUUUCUCGCUUGAUCUCUGUCAUGUCUAAUUUAGGAGAAGAUUUAUGACUAAAUAUAUACCUAAAUAAAAUAUAUAACAUCUCAGA